AUGUGGAAUUUUGCAUCCAGCUGCAUAGCUGGAAGUGUUGGAUUGAAAAACGAUUCUCUAAGGCCAACACAAGCUGCUUCUGAAUGUUCUGAUGAUGAGGGUUCUUCUGUUGUUGGGAGAGAGGAAGGACUAGAGUGCCCCAUAUGCUGGGAGUCCUUCAACAUUGUCGAAAAUGUGCCCUACGUUUUAUGGUGUGGCCAUACCCUCUGUAAAAAUUGCAUUCUGGGACUGCAAUGGGCUGUUGUGAAAUUCCCCACUUUACCAAUUCAGCUUCCUCUUUUUAUCUCAUGCCCAUGGUGCAAUCUCUUGUCCUUCCGGCUGGUUUACAGGGGAAAUCUCAAAUUCCCUCGCAAGAACUACUUUCUUCUUUGGAUGGUUGAGAGCAUGAAUGGUGAUAGGGUUAAGUCUCAUUCUACCUUCUCUGGUGAUAAUCACCCUGUCUGGCCGGCAAAUGGAAAUGCAUCCGUGGGAAGUCAAGUGAGCCACACUCACCACCGGAGGGUACACCAUAUUCGCCAUAUCGAGCCAUCGGGUCAGAAUCAUGCCCUUGUCAAUAAUUACCUUAGUGUGGAGCGAUUGCAUUCUUCCCUUCGGAAGUCGCUGUUUUUCUUCGUUCAUUUGACAGCAAAGUUUCCACUGGUUGUGAUAUUUCUUCUGAUCAUCUUGUAUGUAAUACCUGCCUGUGCAGCUAUAUUGGCUUUGUACAUACUUAUCACGGUUGUGUUUGCUCUCCCAUCGUUUCUUCUUCUGUACUUCGCAUAUCCAAGUUUGGAUUGGCUUGUCAGGGAAAUCAUCACUUGA